AUGUGCUCCUACACCUACUCGUGGUACUACUGCAACCACGACUACUAUAUCUGGGCCAACAGCAUCGAGAUCUGCCACAACCGCCUCCUCUCAGGCUACUCCUAUGACGCCUGGAGCAUAGACAUGUGCAAAAACACGACCGUCGAAUGUGGCGGCUUUUCCAACUAUACUACUGCCACGAGUGCAGCGAAGACAUCAGCCUUGAGUUCGAACUAA